GAGCCCGUUACUGAGCAGAUUUCUUCUGAUGAUUAUUCGGAUGAUGAUAACUCAGAUAAUGAUUUAGUUACAAAUGAUUCAGAUAAGAAUUUCUAUUUCAGAGAAAUUGAAACCAACUUUCUCUCGGAUUCGGAAGUAAACAAAAAAUAUUGUAAAAAAGAAACAAAUUGCAGAUUUUUAUUCAUGUAUUACCAUUCAGGACAAGAAUCAAAAGCCAAUAUACACUUAAAAACAUUAUCCUAUAUAGCCGGUAUCCUCGACCGGACUAUGGUUUUGACAAAUGUUGGACGUUCACGUAUUGAAUCUGGGAAUUUGAAAGUUGGUCUCGAAAUAGAUUUGAAAAAACCAAGCAUUCAACAUUUACACUUUUCUCAUGGUGAUUCAUUAAUUCCGCUAUUAGAACAUGUCGAUCCAAUUAUUGAACCAGUAACACACGUCAGUUGUUUUAAUAAGUUUGAUAUAAAAUUUGACGACUCAACUAUAUUCCAACGAAUUUUAAUUAAUUCUGAAUUUUUAUCACAAGUUAAUGAUGGGAAUGAUUCCUCAACUUUAUUGAUUAAGAAUUUAAUGGAUUCAGAUGCAGAAGUUUUGUUGAUAAAAGAUGAUAUUGGCAAAGAAAUACUUACUCAAACGCAUUCUGCUAUACCAUAUGCAAAUCAUAUUAUUCAAGAAGCUUUGAGAGUUAAAGUUGCGCUGAAAUCGUAUGUUGCUGUAUAUUGGGAUUUUGUUGGAGUAGAUCCAGAAAAUUUACCAAAGUGCGCAGAACAGCUCAAGGAUACUUUGCAAUACAUUCAAGAAAUUCAUGGAAUUCAUAAUGUUUAUUUAUCAACAAAUUAUCCAAUGUCUAUAGAGUCUAAUGAUUCAUCUUCACAAUUAACCAAAUAUUACAAUCAGGCCAUGACAGUUUUAAAUUCAACAACGAAUGUUAAUAUUAGUUCUUGGGUAACAUUUGAUGCAUUUGGUAAACUUAGAGAUAAAGUGGAUAAUGAUGAUGAGUUUAGAGCAACUGAUGGUGUCCAACAGAUAUUAGAUCGAAUUGUUUGUAUAGAUGCUGAUUAUUUCCUGAAUGGACCAUCUAAGUGUUGCGAGCAAUUAAACGCUUUUACAAAAACGGUCUUUAAUGCUCGAAGUGAACUAUAUAAAUCUAAUCCAAGUAUUCAAAAUAUUAUUUCACGAUGGUGA